CAAAUGCCCUAAUAUUUCAACCACAACCUUUCAAGUUUCAACUGCUUUCAAUUCAAUCUUCAAGCUGCUCUAAUAUUCUCUACUGUGUCUUCAAUUUUGAAGCUUUUUGUAAUGUUGUUGGGGACAGUUUUAGGGUUAGGAUUUUAGGUUUAGCGAUUUUGUAAGUAAAACAAAAUGCAGCAGUCCCCGCAGAUGAUGCCGGUGGUGCCUUCAUUUCCAUCCACAAACAUCACCACCGAGCAGAUUCAGAAGUGCCUUGAUGAGAACAAAAGGUUGAUUCUGGCAAUAUUGGACAAUCAAAACAUUGGAAAACUUGCUGAAUGUGCCCAGUAUCAAGCUCAGCUGCAGAAAAACUUGAUGUAUCUGGCUGCAAUUGCUGAUUCACAACCACCUGCGCAAACAUUGCCUCCUCAGACGUCGCCACAUCCUGGAAUGCAGCAGGGAGGAUUUUACAUGCAACAUCCUCAGGCUUUGGCAAUGGCUCAGCAGCCGGGUUUCUUUCCCUCCAAUAUGCCAUUACAAUUUAAUAAUCCACUUCAAACACAGGAUCCACAACAGCUACAUCAGCUGCACCAACAAGCUUUCCAGGGCCAAAUGGGAAUGAGACCUGCAGGGCCCAACAAUGGCAUGCAUUCCGAGGCCACAUUUGGAGGUGGCAUUGGUGCUGGCCCCACUUCAACUGCAGGAACGAAUGAUGCACGCGGUGGAAGCACCAAUGCUGGGGCAACUGCCACUGAUGGGCAUGGGAUCUCCGCCGGUGGGCAUGACGAUGAUGGUGAAACAAAAUGACAUGGCCCCACGUGUACUAGUAUUGCUGUGGUGGUUGUGAUCUUUUGAUAGCUUAGCUAACGUCCCGGCUGUUUUCUUUUAGUCUUUUAACAGAUUAGGUAGAUUUGCAUCUCCUGCCAAGUCGGUGAGCUAAACUCACAGCUUGUGGUCUCCUGUUGUACGUUUAAAGUUGUGAACGUUGCAAAUAGAUGCAGGGCGACUAAGAAUUCUUGUCCUAUAAUAGCUAAUCGCUAGUUUUGAUUUGUAACAAGUUUAGUUUAGCCUUCUU